AUGGCUGGCGCAGCAAAGAAGAUGUUUGGCCUCUCGCAGGUUGUUACUGUGGUUAUGCCUCUUGUUCUAGGCUCAGCUGGUUAUGCUGCUUACAAGAUCAACUGGGUUCCUCUACUCAGAGAUUUCCUCACAGGACCUGGCCGGACAUCGCGGAUCUUGUUGCUCUUCUUUAUCGUCUUCAACUGGAAGAGCAUGCCUCUUGCUUGGACUUACCGCGUCUUCCACACUAUAAUCUUCCACAGCUUCUGGCGCAAAUCACCAAUUCUCGGCCCCGAUGCUCUCUUCAAACCCAUGAUCUCAACCUCGCACGCGCCUCUUCUCGAAAUAGACUACAACUUACACAAAUCCAAUUCGACAUACUUUGCCGACCUCGAUGUUUCCCGAUCCCAUCUCGUUACAUAUCUCUGCCGCGCUUCUUACAUGACUCUCGCCAACAACACCAAGACCAAGCUUGUGCUGGACCCAAAGACCGAUAAGCCCAUCAAUGGCACCGUGAGCAUCAUCCUGGGCUCUGUAGCUUGUAGUUUCAAGCGCGAGAUUCCUGCGUACAAGAACUUUGAGAUGUGGAGUCGUAUUCUUUGCUGGGACCGCAAGUGGUUGUACAUCGUCACUCAUUACAUCCCCAAGGGCGCCGCUAAGCCUACAUCGUGGCUCGACCCUACGUUCAAGGAUGCUUCUACGCGAGGUCCUGGGGACCGAACUACUGGAUGGGAGAAGAGGAUCUAUGCGACCGCCAUCAGCAAGUAUGUCUUCAAGAUCGGGCGCUUCACUGUGAACCCGGCUAUUAUGCUUGGCGGCGCCUCUGGUCUCCUGCCCGAGCGCCCUGGAGGUUGGACUUCUGGACCCGACCAACUUGGAGACAUGUCUGUCGACCUUUCCGACGUUGAUUUGGAUGUUCCAGGAGAAUGGGAUUGGCGACGAGUUGAGGCGCAACGACGAAAGGGGGUUGAGUACGCAAAGCACUUCCAGGAACUUGAUACACUCCAUGAAUUGUUCGAUGGCGGUAACGAAGGCGCCUUGGGCAAGUUUGCCCCUUAG